AUGCCUGACCACGAUUUUCUGGCUUUGAGUCUCUUUCUCAACAACAAGGAACACGGUCUUUUGGAUGAGGCGCUCAUGGUCACCAUCGUAUCCAAUUCUAUUCCCGACACCGACAAAGUCUCAGAAUUUGGCAUGAUUCCCGAUUAUCUGGAUCCUCCAUGGAGAGACCUGGCCGUGUUAGACAUCGCCAAAAUCGCAUGUCCGACAUUGGUCGACCCCAUCGAUUUCAUUGUUGAAGAUACAUUUGCAAAGUCAUAUGGGGUCAACGUAAAGGACUCUGACAACAUCGGCAACUACGCUCUAUAUGCAGCUAUUCUGGUCAUCCUCGAAGUCAUGCGCGUCAAUUUCUUCGGCGUCCUGGAUGUCCCGGACCACGUUCGCCCCUACAUUGUACAGUCUCUACUGAAUUUGCUCGAGGAAUAUCCGAGUCCUGUGAUUCCCGCCGGUUCAGGGCUUCGUAAGUCGCUGCCUAUUGCAUCUGAAGCCUAA